UCUCCAUCUCUUCCAUUCGCCACGCGAGUUUCUUGCAUUUCUCUCUCGGUGACCGACUGAACCUCAUCGCCUAUCGCUCUUACCAAUUGUCUGCUGUUCUUUCUUCAGGAUCGACAUCUCUGUCAACAAUGACCAAGAUGUUGCUGAUUCAACCGACAGAGGAGAUGUCGAAGCAGAUUCGUGUGGAGCUGAAUGAGAAUGUAGCUACACGCGAUAAAGAUGUUGAAAUAAUCAAGGAAUGGCUAUCCAAGCAACCACAUUUGCCUGCUUUCGAUGACGAUUACAGGAUAAUGACAUUCCUUCGUGGUUCGAAAUUUUCCUUGGAGAAAUGCAAGAGGAAGCUGGACAUGUAUUUUACCAUGAGAGCAGCAAUCCCUGAAUUUUUUACUAAUCGGGAUAUCACCAGACCAGAACUAAGAGAAAUCACUAAAAUAAUACAAAUGCCUCCAUUACCAGGUUUGACGAAAAAUGGCCGUCGCGUGAUCACGAUGAGAGGAAUAGACAAGGACUUUCCAACCCCGAACGUAGCCGAAGUAAUGAAGUUGGUUCUUAUGAUCGGUGAUGUGCGUCUGAAAGAAGAAUUAGUUGGCGUCGCAGGCGACGUUUACAUGUUGGACGCAAGCGUCGCGACACCAGCUCACUUCGCCAAAUUCACGCCUGCUCGUAAAAAGUUUCUCAUUUGCGUUCAAGAGGCUUAUCCGGUGAAACUGAAGGAGGUGCAUGUGGUGAACGUCAGUCCAGUAGUUGACAGCAUCGUUAAUUUCGUGAAACCAUUCCUCAAGGAGAAAAUACGCAACAGAAUCUUUAUGCACAGCGACAUAAAAACACUAUACGAGUAUAUCCCUAGAGAAAUAUUACCGACUGAGUACGGUGGUGAUGCUGGCCCCAUUCAGGCUAUUCAUGAAACCUGGUUAAAGAAACUGGAAGAAUAUAUACCGUGGUUCGCAGAACAGGAAAAUAAAGCGAACGAAGCUCUUCGACCAGGAAAACCAAAGACUCAUGAUGAUUUAUUCGGUCUGGAUGGAUCGUUCCGGCAACUGAUGAUCGACUAAAGCCAGAAAAAUCCACGAAUUUGUGAUAUUUUCGAGCAAUGUUUUAUAUCUCGGUGCUAAGGAGGAAUAAACGUAGCUGAAAGAAGAGGACACAUCAAUCUGUAAAUCUUUAGAUGCUUCUACAGGAUGAUUCUCUCGCUACGCAAGACAAAAGCCGUGCCGCAUAAUGGAACCCCUGCUGUUCCGUUUCUUGUCUUUGUCUCAGCCAUAAACACACACAGAGCAGUCUUGGGUCCGGCGAUAUGGCCCCUGGGUCUGUUUACCCGCAAAAACAGCCCGGUUCGAUUGUGCGACACGGCUUUUAUCUUGCGUAGCGAGAGAAUCACCCUGUAUGUACACUUCAGUGCGACAUAGCCUACUUCUAGGUUAGGCUUUGGAGACUUGCGGCUUGCGAACCGUAUGCGACUAUUUUCCCCACUUCUGAACGACUCCUACUAUACACAUUCGGAGUCUGGGAGGAAAGGGGAAACUCUGAGUUUAUAUACAGGGUGAUUUUUUUGCAGCCGGACACAAAGGAACUGACG